AUGCCUCCCCCGACGUCUCCUCCAGCUCCCCCGCACUCCCAGGAGAAAGUCGUGGCGCGGCCAUACAAAUGCCCGUACCCGCUCUGCGGUCGUGCCUUCAGCAGGCUGGAACACCAGACCCGGCAUAUCCGCACACACACCGGAGAGAAGCCCUUCGAGUGUACUUUCGCUGGUUGCGAGAAGCGCUUCUCGCGUUCCGACGAACUCACGAGGCACUCUCGCAUACACAACAACCAUGACACCACUCACCACGCCGGCGCUGCAGACUCAAGUCAUGGCCACAAGGCCAAAGGCAAAGCGAAGAUCGAGCACAUAGCCGAUGGCAGCGUGGAGAUCAGCGCUGGGCGAUUAUCGGGUGCGGCAUACAACGCUGAUGCGGACUAUACAAGAGGGUCGAGCCUUCGUGUCAAGAAGAAGGCGAGGAGCCGAGCAAACAGCGACGAUGAGGUGAGUACGUGGGUCACGCACCAUUUGACACCACAUCUGCGACUGCCGCUUCGCACCUACUCGUUCGCCGUUGAUUGCGUGAUAAUGAGGUCGCAGACGAGCUGA